AUGUCAAUGGAAGGACUUGACUCUUAUGUUCCAUCUUUAGCUGCCGAUGUAAAAUUGCAGAGACUGAAAAGGCUGCCUGUUAAGACCAUUCAUAGAUUGACCAUUGCUUGGCUGACUAGAUUCAAUACCGAUUAUUCCAAGUUGAAAUUGACUAAAGUUGAAAGGAAAUUAGAUGAAUUAAUCGCUUUGGACAAGAUUAAUAGGAAAGAUCUUGCAAAAUUGGUGCUUUCUCGUUACUUUAACAGGGGACUAAACAUGCGUCAAUUGGCCGAUAUCGAAUUCGAAACUUUAUUACAUUUGCCAAAUCAUCAUAAAUGGAAUUCAUUAACGAUUUAUGACUCUAAGACAAAUAAAUAUAUACCGCAUUUGAACUAUCAGGAUGUCCAGAGGAAACUAUCCGAGGAUUUCAAAAGAUCCCAAAUUAAUUCUCAUAUCUCAUUUUUCGACCAUCCAAAGCUACCAAUUACCUGUUUCAGAAUCAAAUUAUUUGAAUUAAAUCAUACUUCAAGGCAAUCAUUUUGGUUAAUAUUCAUUCCUGGAACUCCCAUUUUGUUUCAUUCGCACUAUAAUGAGCUAAAUGACCCUUUUGUGAAAUUGCUAUUCAAUCAUCUAAAAGGAAUUAUAUUACCAAAUCAAAUUGUGUAUUUCAAGAAAAAUGAGAAUGAACCCAUAAAAUCAUUAGAUACUAUCUAUCUAACUAGUGGAGUCACAAGAUAUGGUAAUGCAAUGGCCAAUUGGAUAAGUUACUCCCACGGUGAUAAGGUCGAUAACUCUCCUCUAAGCAAUUCUUCCUCGCAUACAUCAAUUGGAGGAAUGAAGUUAAACCAAAAUGACAAUAAAGAAAAGUGUCUAAUCAGAUUCAACGGUAUGAACUGCGAGCAAAAUCAUAUACCUGUUGAAAAAGUCAAUUUUUUACUAAAUGUUGAUGAUGGUAUUUCGAUCAAAUUUAAAUUCCAAGGAAAUGACGUCUUCAAAGGAAUUCGCUCAUUAUGCGAAGAUGAAGUUAUUGAUAUUGACAAGAUUCCUGGUUGGUUAUGUGGUGAAAAUAGUAUAAAAUCUGGUGUUAUCACAGAAAAUGGAUUCCAAGCGAUAGUAGAGAAAGAUCGCUUAUUUUGA